AUGUUAUCCAAAAAUCCCCACGCCAGCGGGGCCAGUCGACCCGCACUGGCCAUCACAACUAUCAAGAUCGAUGGAAUGACUUGCGGAGCAUGCACCUCAGCAGUAGAGAGGGCAUUUCAAGGGAUAGACGGUGCGCGCGAUGUUUCCGUCAGUCUCAUCAUGGGCAGGGCCGCUGUACAACAUGAUCCGUCAGUGUUAGCGCCUACGAAAAUCGCAGAGAUGAUUGAGGAUUGUGGCUUCGAUGCGGCAGUACUUUCGACCGAGGAACAAAACAACCCCGAUUCUUCUUCCUUUUCGGCUACGCAACUCUCGGUAACCAACCUGGCGGUUGAGGGUAUGACAUGCGGGGCAUGUACGUCUGCGGUGGAAAGCGGGUUGAACGGCGUCAGCGGUGUGAACUCGGUAGACGUAUCACUACUUUCCGAGCGCGCAGUCGUGGAACAUGAUGCAGGCAUCAUCACACCGGAACAGAUCGCAGAGCUCAUUGAAGAUCGAGGCUUUGGAGCGCGAGUGCUGGACACUUCCCUAGUGGGCUCCAAGGAGCCAUCUGCGUCGGCUGACACAGAAAAGGAAUCUGGACUUCUAGUCACGACGGUCGCAAUCGGAGGCAUGACAUGCGGCGCUUGCACGUCUAGCGUCCAGGGUGCCUUGGGCAGUGUCGCUGGGGUAAUCCAGUUCAACAUCAGUCUUCUGGCUGAGCGGGCAGUCGUUGUGCACGACCCAACCAUACUCCCUGCCAGCAAAAUUCCAGACCUCGUUGAAGAUGCUGGGUUUGAUGCGUCGAUCGUGUCAUCAGAGGCGCAGGCGUCAAUUUCCAAAAAGACGCAGCAGAUCAAUUUGAGCUUGCAUGGGCUGCGGGACGGCGUUUCUGCCACAGCAUUGGAAGACAAUUUAUUACAGCAACCGGGUGUCCAAUCAGCGUCAAUAAAAAUGGCUACUUCCCGUAUAGCCAUUACUUUCGAUCCAUCUACAAUCGGAAUCCGGUCUAUUGUGGAAGUGAUCGAGGCUGCUGGUUACAACGCCUUGAUUGUCGACUCAGACGAUACCAACGCACAGAUACAGUCAUUGUCCAAAACGAAGGAGAUCCAAGAAUGGAAAAGAGCCUUCAUCAUCGCCGCCUCUUUUGCGGUUCCCGUCUUCCUCAUCAGCAUGAUUCUUCCGAUGUAUUUGCCUGGAAUUGACUUUGGUAGCUUUGCACUCAUCCCAGGCCUAUAUCUCGGAGACCUGAUCUGUCUCGCUCUUACCAUUCCGGUGCAGUUCGGCAUUGGCAAACGAUUCUAUGUCACCAGCUUCAAGUCACUCAAGCAUCGAUCCCCAACCAUGGACGUCCUCGUAAUGCUCGGCACGUCCGCUGCCUUCUUUUACAGCUGUUUCACCAUGAUCAUGGCUCUUUGCGGCAUGGACCACAAGCGUCCUAGCACCGUGUUCGACACCUGUACGAUGCUUAUCACCUUUGUCACUCUGGGGCGAUGGCUAGAGAACCGAGCCAAGGGCCAAACUUCCGCUGCUCUUUCUAGGCUCAUGUGUCUGGCCCCAUCUAUGACGACUAUCUACGAAGAUCCCAUUGCGGCCGAGAAACUGGCUGAGCGCUGGACCUCCAAACCUAUAAAUGGCGCACCUGCGCAAGCCACUUUGGCUGAGGAUAUGGCGGUGAAUCAUAAAUGCAUUCCCACCGAGCUGAUUCAAGUCGGUGAUGUCGUUAUCCUUCACCCCGGAGAUAAGGUGUCUGCAGACGGUGUGGUCAUCCAGGGCGAAAGCUAUGUUGACGAGACUGGGACUGUGAACGGCACAAACUCCAUUGAUUUCAAAGUCAUUCGAGUCGGCAAGGAUACCCAGUUGAGCCAGAUCGUGAAGCUGGUACAGGAUGCGCAGACGAGCCGUGCUCCGAUUCAGCGCAUGGCUGAUAUCGUUGCUGGUUACUUUGUCCCCACCAUCAUCGGUCUUGGUUUGAUCACAUUCUUUGGUUGGAUGUUCCUCAGUCAUAUACUACCUCAUCCGCCCACAAUCUUUGAAAUGGCAGGCAGUGGUGGCCGAGUCAUGGUUUGCUUGAAGCUCUGCAUCUCGGUCAUUGUCUUUGCGUGCCCCUGUGCUUUAGGUCUGAGCACCCCGACCGCGGUCAUGGUUGGUACCGGCGUUGGCGCGGAGCAUGGCAUCCUCGUUAAGGGAGGUGCCGUGUUAGAAGCUGCCACAAAAGUUACUCAUGUUGUCUUUGAUAAGACGGGCACCCUGACUACAGGUCAAAUGCGCGUGGCUGACACCCGAAUUGAACCUCAAUGGACAACGAACGACUGGCGCCGGCAGCUCUGGUGGCUUAUUGUCGGUCUCGCAGAGGCAGGCAGUGAACACCCAAUCGGACGAGCGAUCUUCUCUACGGCCAUAUCUGAAUCAGGUCAUCCUGGAGAAGAUGGGUUACCAGGGAGCACGGGUGACGUUGACAACUACGUUGGCAAGGGUGUCUCUGCCGUCGUCGAACCUACAUCUAGCGGCCAACGUAUCCGGCACCAUGUCCUCCUUGGCAACGCCAACUUCCUUCGGUCUAAAGACGUCCCUGUACCUGCUGAUGCAGAUCCCGACUCUGCGGCACCUGUCGAAGACUCAGAAGCUGACAUUCCCAAACCCGGUGCCACCGCGGCCGGCAUUACACGCAUCCACGUCGCAAUCGAAAACCGCUACGCUGGAACCAUCUCCCUCCAAGAUACUGUGAAAGAGACUGCUGUGGCGGCAGUAGCGGCCCUGCAUCGCAUGGGCAUCUCAACCUCCAUGGUAACAGGCGAUACGCUCUCAACGGCGAUAUCAAUCGCCACAGCAGUCGGCAUCCCGACCUCUACAAUCCACGCAUCCGUCUCCCCAUCCGAGAAACGCUCAAUCAUCUCCGCCCUCCAAGCAGAAGGUGAGCGCGUCGCCAUGGUUGGCGACGGCAUCAACGACUCUCCCGCGCUGGCCACGGCAUCCGUCGGAAUCGCCCUCGCAUCCGGCACAGACGUGGCCGUUGAGGCUGCCGAUAUCGUCCUCAUGCGUCCGGAUGACCUACUCUCCGUACCAGCCAGUCUCUCCCUGUCGCGCUCGGUCUUCAAACGCAUCAAGCUGAACUUGAUUUGGGCUUGCAUGUACAAUGUCAUUGGCCUUCCAUUUGCCAUGGGCAUUUUCCUCCCCUUCACGGGUUUCAUGCUACCGCCCAUGGCUGCCGGUGCUGCCAUGGCUCUUUCCAGUGUCUCUGUAGUUGUUAGCAGUCUGCUAUUGAAGUUCUGGCGUCGCCCGUCUUGGAUGGAGGUUGAGCGUCUUGAGAAGGAGCUUGCUUCGGGCGAGAUCUCUCCUCUCGGUGUGUCGCGUCGCGGUCAUUAUCGUAAGGUGAGCUGGUGGGCUUCUACUGCCAUUUUGUCGGACAGCCCGGGCUCUCUACGUCGUCGUGUUGGGAACGUUGUCUCUUCGCUUUGGUCUCUGGUCACUGGCAAAGGCCCCAAGUCGGCUGUGCAGGGUGAUGAGGGUUAUGUUCCGCUGCAGACGGUUGAGCCGCCUGUUUGA